GGUGUAAUGCUCGAGCCAACGAGGGAGAGAGACACAGAGAGAUGAGGAGCGAGGUGGAGAAAACAGUGAUCAGGCUGAACAGUGGCUCCAAGCUGCCCGUUCUCGGAUUUGGCACGGCUGAUUUCCCCUUUGAUAGACUGAAAGUCGAGUUCGCAAUACGAACGGCCCUCCAGUUGGGUUACCGGCAUUUCGACACUGCAAUGAUAUAUGGUUCGGAGCCUGCCGUAGGUGGGGCUCUAAUGGAGGCAAUUCGUAGUGAGACGGUGAGCAGAGAAGACGUCUUUGUUACUUCUAAGCUCUGGGGAUGUCAUCACCACGACCCCGUUUCAGGACUCAAGCAAACUCUCAAGAACUUGGGGAUGGAAUAUGUGGAUCUGUACCUAAUACACUGGCCAGCCAAAUUAAAGGAGUGGGCGAAUUAUGUAAUGCCAAAGGAAGAAGACUUUGGAGAGUUGGAGAUGGAGUCGACAUGGGCAGGAAUGGAGAGAUGCUUGGACAUGGGGCUGUGCAGGUCCAUCGGCGUCAGCAAUUUCUCUUGCCGGAAGAUUGAGCGACUGAUGGAACACGCCUCACUUCUUCCUGCAGUGAAUCAGGUGGAGAUGCAUCCAAUGUGGAGGCAGAAGAAGCUAAGAGAAUUCUGUGGCGAGCACAACAUCCAUGUAAGCGCUUAUUCGCCUCUUGGGGGACCAGGGAGUCCAUGGGGAACAAAGGCUGUAGUGGAUAACCCUAUCAUACGUUCCAUUGCCAGUAAACACAAAGCAACCCCAGCUCAGGUUGCUCUAAGUUGGGGACUAUCUAAAGGAGUGAGUCUGAUCAUGAAAAGCUUCAACGAAGAAAGAAUGAAGGAGAACAUGGGAGCUCUGGAGGUGAAACUGGAGAAGGAGGAUGUCCUCAAGAUUGACAAGUUAGAAGAGAGGAAGAUCAUGAGAGGAGAAUUUCUUGUUAAUGCAUCUACAAGCCCAUACAAGACAAUUCAAGAUCUGUGGGAUGAUGAGAUAUAACAAACCCCACGCUUCAAUUCAUUUAAUAGCUAGUAAUCUUAAUCUGUUCUAGUUAAUGAGUUCCCUUCUUAUUUGUUAAGCAGUGUUUUCAAUGUAAUGUAGCAAAGCUCCUCUGCUCCAGAGGAAGAGAAGAGUGCAUAUUUCAAUUCAACAAUUAAUUUGAGAA